AUGGAGCAGGAGAGCACGACGGACAACACGACGACAAAAAAGCGGCGGUUCGUGGGCCGCAAGGGCCGCACGGCUGGCGCUGCCGGAUCGGCCUCCGCCGGCGGAGCACCCUCCACCAUCGUCACCACCUCCACCACUCCCUCCGGUGGGGCAAAGAAGGUCUACAGCGUGGCGAAGGGCAUUCCGCCGGAGAUCGAGAACGACCCCAAGCUGCGCAAGGCCAUGGAGCAGUUGCCGUCGAACUACAACUUUGAGAUCCCGAAGACGGUGUGGCGGCUGCGCGAGAAGGGGAGCAAGCGGGUGGCCCUCCAGUUCCCCGAGGGGCUCCUCGUCUACUCGUGCCUCAUCGCCGACAUCCUCGAAGAGUUUGCGGGAGUGGAGACGAUCGUGAUGGGUGACGUGACCUAUGGGGCAUGCUGCAUUGACGACUUCACUGCCAAGGCGCUCGACGCCGACUUCCUCGUCCACUACGGCCACUCUUGUCUUGUUCCGAUCGACGUUACGGAGAUGAACGUGCUCUACGUGUUCGUGGACAUCAAGAUCGACAUCCUGCACCUGGUCGACACCGUCAAGCUCAACUUCCCCAAGGGCGCCAAGCUGGCCAUGGCGGCCAAGCGACUGCUCAGCGCGGACUUUACCGUGGACAUCCCGCAGGCGCGCCCGCUGUCGCCCGGCGAGAUCCUGGGCUGCACCUCCCCCAAGAUCAGCUCCAUGGGCUACGAGGCUCUCAUAUAUCUGGGCGACGGCCGGUUCCACCUGGAGUCGAUCAUGAUCUCCAACCCGUUGCUGCCAGCUUACCGAUACGACCCCUACAGCAAGAUGUUCACCAUCGAGAAGUACGACCACGCCGAAAUGAAGAAGAUACGCGGCGACGAGGUGGAGAAGGCCAAGGCCGGCAGGAAGUGGGGCAUCAUUCUGGGCUCCCUCGGCCGACAGGGCUCGCCCAACAUCCUUCGGCACUUGGAGUCACUGCUGAACGCGCGGAACGUACCGUAUAUGGUGGUGCUCCUCUCCGAGAUCUUCCCCGCGAAGCUCGAACUCUUCCCCGACAUCGACGUGUGGGUGCAGAUCGCGUGUCCGCGCCUGUCGAUCGACUGGGGCUACGCCUUUGCCAAGCCUCUGCUCAACCCCUACGAGGCCGAGGUGGCGCUGGACGGGAUCGCGUGGCAGGAGACCUACCCGAUGGACUUCUACGCCAAGGACGGCGGCGCCUGGGCCGUCUAUCACAAGGCCUAA